AUGUCAUCGACACCAAGCCAAAACGAUCAAACCCAGAGGCAAGAAAGGGAUAAGGAAGAGGAUAUUCCCGAGCAGGAAGCCGCCCCAGCGCAACAGCAAGAGCAAGAGGACGCUCCUGCCCAACAAGAGGAGCAUGAAGCCGAGCAAGCGCCCGCUGAAGACCAACAUGACGACAACAUAGUGAACGAGCAAGAGGCAGACCAGGACCAAGGAGAAGUUGCCGACCAGGCCGAAGAAGAGGUGCCGGACGAGCAAGACGGCGAAGACUAUGAGGAAGACCAAGAAGCCGAAAACAAUGAAGUCCUGAACGACGACUAUCAGGACGACGGCCAGGGAGAGGAGGAGCAGUACGAUGAAGAAGAACAAGAGGAGCCCGAGCAGGAGCAGGAGCCCGAGCAGGAGCAGGAGCCCGAGCAGGAGCAGGAGCCCGAGCAGGAGCAGGAGCCCGAGCCCGAGCCCGAGCCUCAGCGGAAGCCCAAGGCGCGGUCCAAGGCCGGCAAGAAGGCCCCUCGCGCCGCGCCACCCGCCGAGGAGCAGUACGAUGAAGAAGAAGAGGAAGACGAGCUCGAGCCUGAGCCCGAGCGGAAGCCCAAGGCGCGGUCCAAGGCCGGCAAGAAGGCCCCUCGCGCCGCGCCACCCGCCGAGGAGCAGUACGACGAAGAAGAAGAAGAGGAAGACGAGCCCGAGCCCGAGCUUGAGCCCGAGCCUGAGCGGAAGCCCAAGCGCCGGACCAAGAAGGCCUCUCGCGUCGAGCAAGACGAGGACGACAGCACCGUGACGUCCUCCUCGGGACCCCCCACGCCACGCGACGCCCGGCAGCCGACGUGGAUGCGGGGCGAGCAAGAGAGCGACACGAAGGGCAACCGCCAAGUCGGACACCCGAAGAGGAAGACCCAGACGCGCCGCGACCGCGACCUCGCCCAGUACCGCCAGGAGCAGAUGAUGAUGCAGCAGCAGCAGCAGCAGCAGGUGCAGCCGCAGGCCGACGCCGGCGGCAAGAACCCGCUCAAGCUGCGGCUGGAACUUAACUUGGAGAUCGAGAUCGAGCUCAAGGCCCAUAUCCAUGGCGACUUGACCCUUGCCUUGCUGUAG